AUGGCUCACCCCCACUCUCUGCAUGAGUCCGUCGGCAUACUGGGCAUCUCUGGAGGUUCUCUCCUGCUUUUGGUGAACAACUAUGCCAGCUCGCCUGUUAAAGAAUUCAUCCCCCAUACUGCACUGGGGAUUCUGCUCCUCAUCAUUGCAGUCCUCUUAGCCUAUGCAGGGAUCUCUCGCAGCCUGUCCCACGCCCAGCUGUUUUCCUCUGUGUGUCUGACUGUCUCUGCCCUGUGGUGUGGGUCCGGUCUGGUGCACAUCCUGGUGGGGCAGGGGGUGCUGCAGCCCUCAGAGCUGAGAGCCUCUCUGGUCCCGGGCCUGGCAGCAUUCACCUUAGCUCUGCUCAUCAUAGGUGGCGUGGCAAUAGCAGUGAAGAAAGCAGUGCUUUUCCUCAUAGCUUUCUGCAUUAGCUUAGCAUGUGCCCAUGAAAUCGCUGGUUUGUCAGCUGUAGGUUUUGGUCAGUCUGCUACAGCUGCCAACUACCUUCUUGUCUGUCUGGUUGGUCUUUAUUUUGGAUUUGGACGUCUGCUGUCCAUCAUCACUCAUGGUAAAGUGGAGCCUCCGGGAACAGGCCUGAAGAAAAAAGCUGAGCUGGAAACUGAGCAGAAUCAGUGUAGUGAUGCAGUGUCAGUGUGUCUGGUGAUGAACUUGCUCUCCGCCUCAGUGUUAGCCUGUCCUCUGUUGGGCGUGGUCCCCCGGCUCUCCGUCGGUCAUGUCCCCUGGCUGUGGACGGCUGGAGUCUUUCAGCUUGGCAUGUGUGUCCUCUUCUACAGAGCCAUGGACACACUUGCUGCCACUUUUUACGGCUUCACUGCUAUCCUGAGAUUUGCCGAGGGCUACAGUGCUCUUCUAUCAUUCUACUCAAUUCAGCCUUUCUCCCCUGUUCCCUUCCCUGCUGUCUUCUCCGUGCUCUUCUCCAUCCUGGCUGUGUUCAGCUGUCAGAAGAGCCUGGUGGAGGGGCUCUACCAGUUAUUCUUUGCAGCUUAUUGUAUCGCCAUCGCAGCCCAGCCUCAAGGCUUCUUCCAAGGAGGCACACAGGGUGUACAGGGAGCUAUAUUUGUACUCUCUGCCGGCAUGCUUUUAAUUACCACAUUCAAUAUGGUCUCGACUACAAUGAUUCCCACAGGCCAGGGCUGUUUCAAGGCCUUAGUAGCCAGGAUUCAGGGCCUCACUCUCAGAGCCCAUGAUAAAGAGCUACAUGCUCCUCACCUGGGCUACUCCAAGUAUGCUGAUGCAGAGGUGUUGGGCCACGCCUGCAGUGUGCUGGCUGCUUUUGCUGUCACAGCCACAGUUGGUGACAGAAACCCUCUGUCUGUGCUGGUUCUGCCCUGGGUGGUGGUGGCUGGCGGCGGGCUCCAGCUGCUCUGCGGCUCAGUAGCUUUUGCGCGAGGUAAAACCUUUGAGAGCACAGUUUUUACUCUGUACGGGGUGAUGUGGGCAGUGUGGGGGUUGACCCGAUACGGCGGCCUGUACGGUGAAACCAGAGGCUUCCAUGUGGCUGUCGGGAUCAUAAGCUUCAUGCUGUUUAACUGUUUAGUGACGGUCGCGGCGUUGUUUCUAAAUGUCGCCUGGUUUGUUUAUGCCCUCACCUUCCAGCUCAUCCUUAUAAGCUUCUUGCUGGAUGCAGUAGGCUCACUGCCUUAUGGUUAUGACAUUGGAGUCACCAUCAUCUUUGGUCUGGUCAGUUUUUAUUGUUUCCUGGCACACAUUUUCAACAGCACCUUCCAGUCCCCCCAGAUGCCCUUAGGAAAACCUUUAGUGAAGCUGAGCGGGGUUGGAGGAGGCGCAGAUGUCUGUCCGCAUGUACCGGCCCGCAAGGCCUCAUCCGUCCAGCAGAUUGCCGAAAUCAUGAAAAAUGGGGGCAUAUGUGGAAUGCCUACUGACACCGUCUAUGUGCUGGUGGCAGCUUGCAACAGGCCAGACGCAGUUAUCAAAGCUUAUAAGGUGAAGAAGCAGGCGGAGGACCGGCCCAUGUCUCUGUGGAUCUCCUCCAUCAAGCAGCUGGAGCCGGUGCGACACCUGCUGAGCCCUCUGCUGCUGGACUUCAUGGAGGCUGCCUGGCCCUCCUCGAUCAGCAUGGUCAUACCCAGAGGCCCGUGGAUGGACACUUUUGGUUUAGGGGAUGCUGCCAAACACAUAGGGACUCCACAAAGCAUUGCCAUCAGAAACCCAGACUGCUCUGUGGCCACACACCUCAUUAAUAUGGUGGGGCCCAUCGCUGUAACCUCAGCCAACCCUACAGGCGAGGCAGACACGACUCACCACAACCAAGUUUACGCCAAGCUGGGAAAAAAGGUUGAUGGAGUGCUGUGUGACGGACCCUCCCCAGAGAACAUUGCCUCCACUGUGGUCGACUGCACUAAGAUCGAGACAGGACAUAUUGGUUUCUUCAGAGUGGGUCUCAUUCCUAAAUCUAAGGUUCUUCAAAUCUUUGAGGAGGUUCAGAUGCGGCACAGACAUGGGCAGACAAACCCUGCUUUCGAAGAUGAUGUACAUCUGUCUGAUAUACAAAGGGACAAAAGUUUCGUAAUGGAAGACGCAGCAGAGUCAGGAAGAGGAAGCGGAAACUCUACACCAUCCACAGUUUCACCUGAACAAAGUCCAGUCCUCAUACAUUAGUCAUAGCACCAAUGCACUAUAACAAAUGUUGCCAAAUGAAAUUUGUAUUCAGAUUUAUUUAAAUGUAAAAUCCAUGCAGGGAUGGACAUGCAAUAGUUGCUAUGGUGUUGUUUGAUUGAUGUUCUGAUGUCUGUAUUAUGCUGGUCUGUUUAUCUGAAUGAUGCAUAUUGGUGUGUCAUUUAUAUAGCGGUAUGCACACAGACACUAAUGUCACUUAUCUAGCUGGGUAACUUAAAUUUGUGUUUUGUAUUGCACGUAUUAUUAAAAAAUGUUACAUUUUUUCACAAAUUUGAAGUAUCUUAAAUACAUGAAUGUACUGUGUAUAUUCACUUUCAUGAUAAAUUAGGCUUCAUUAAAUUAUUU